ACAACAGCACUGCACAGUCACAACAACCACAGCCCGUCACACCUUCCGACCACACGCGAACCAGGUGGUCCGGUCUCUCUACACGCCCAUACCGACUUGCUCUUUGCGCAUCUCGCAUCGCAGCGUUCGCUGCCUUGCCACUCCGACAUCAAGCAACACUUGUCUCCCCGUGCCCGGCCACGCGCGCCCGCCGAUAGCGGAAAGAAAGAGCAGGGACUCUCAGCGAAAGAAAAACACUCUCGUCCAGUAAAUACAACCGCGGCAGCGGCGGCGGCAAAACGCAGCCUUCCGAAGGGGAAAAUGGCUUCCCGCUCAGUGCACCCCGCGACAUCGCGCUCCAAGGCGCAGCCCACGGGCAACGAGGAGGCCGGCGAGCGCAUCAGCCUCGGCGAGUUCCAGGACGUCGACACCCUCACCCUCUCCGAGGCCGCACUCGUCAUCAACGCCCUUGUUAGCAAGCGUCGCAACGACCGCAAGAAUGUCAACGAGACCGAGAUGUUGACAAAAACCAUCGACUACCUCGACGCCUUCUCGCGGUUCAAGCAAAAAGAGCACGUCGAGGCCGUGGAGCGGCUGCUCAGCGCGCACAAGGAGUUCCACAAGUUUGAGCGCGCGCAACUCGGCUCACUCUGCUGUGAGACGGCCGAAGAGGCCAAGACCUUGAUCCCCUCGUUACAGGACAAGAUCAGCGAUGACGAUCUCCAGGAGCUGCUGGACGAGAUGUACAAGCUCAUGCCGAGGUGACAGAACUCACCAAUGGCCUUGUGGAGCAUAUGUGUCUCUCAUGAUUGUCGGUUCAGCACAAUCAAUAUCAUGAUCUUAUCCGCGGCCGAAAGGGCUCCUAUGCGGCUGCAUCAAGAGCCUCAUUGUCAAGGCUCCUGGUGACUGGCUCUCUGGCUUUGGGGCAGUUGCUCGUAUCUUGAGGCACAAAAACCGUGGGAAAUGAACGAGGAGUCACCACCAAGGAUGGUCAGAAGGCACUCCACCGAGACUGUACAGCACGAGAGACCACGAUAUCUUGCCAAAAAAAAAGAGAGACGGGGAGAAAACAAAACAAUAAAUUGCAUCAAUGGGCGGCGUCAUGGAGUACUAGAUUAAAUCGUACUUGGGUAAAACAGCUACAAACAAGAACAACCAAGAAAUAGCAAAACAUAAACGGCAGAUUCCCCAAUCAGUGAUGCUGGAUUGCAGCCGGGAGCAAAAAACAAGGUCGACAAGGAGUCCAGCCGGCG